GGGGCAUGGGGGAGGUGUUGCUGGUUACUGCUGCUGUUUGCUCAUAAGAAAGCAAAAGAAUAACAAGCGUCAUAAGCUUCAUUCCUUUCCUUCUCCUCUCUCGUUCCUUGUCAAGACAGAAAAAAUACUUCCUUUCCUUUGUCGCCUUCAUCGCCAUCGCCUCCUCCCAUCCUCCACCCAGCUUCUAUACCCAUUCUCUUCUGCUCUAGCAUCAUCCCAGAGGCACCAGCUCACGAUCAACUGUCCCUCCCCCCUGCGACCUUAACAUUCGGUCAGGCCCUAGACUGUAAAACACAUAUCCCCGAUGAGCAGGCACUCGAGCAUCUCCUCCUACUACCAGCCAAGUUCCCGUCCAGACUCACCCGUGCCCUUCUCCUCCACCGCCUCCUCCUCCUCGUCCAAUCCUCAGCACCAACAACUGCCGCAACAGCAACAGCAGCCACCGCAGCAACCACCCCCACCACCGAGGAACCAAAAGGCAGACCAGAUCCUUCAGAACUUUUAUGUCAAGGUCAUUCAGAUUGUAACCUUGGCCCGCGUGACCCAUACCGAUGCGCAUGCAGGCAAUACUCCUCGGAAAGGAUCCUUGCGUGGUGUCCCACUUGUGAAGAAGACCAGCAAAUGGUUCAACUUGGAGCUGGAGGAUCUGGAUAUCUACAAAGAGGAUGCCAAAUUCUGGAGGGCAAGGGCGAUCACGGAAUCGCCACCGCCCAUGCUAGUGGAGCUGUUACUGGAUACAUCGGAGCUGUCAUCAAAUCAGAUGCUAGUUCUCAUGGACGAGAAUAACCGCAAGAACAGGGUCGACAUCACAGGACCUUCUUCGACGGCAGCGACAACACCGCUGGGGCAGGGCAGGACGCGGCGUAACAUCAUCCUAGAGUCAUGGUCCCUAACACUCAGUGAUACCCCGCCAGACCCAGUUCCAGAACCACCCGUGGUCUACAAGAAGUCCAUCAUCUUUUUCCGAUCCUUGUAUGCAUACAUGCGUCUAUUGCCCGCCUAUCAGCUUUAUCGCCGCCUCCGGAAGCAGAACCAUCCCCUCAAGAUCGGGUUCCGGGUCAGUCGUGGUCACAGUCCAGAGGAGAGCAUGUUUCGCGAUUCGGAGAUUGGCAUUGAGGUGCCUUUGAUUGAGGGAGAGGCGCGACCUAUGCUUUCAGAGUAUCGCUUCGGACAAGUCGAGACACCCAUUGGGUACGUGCGUAGACCAUAUCGUUGUGGGCCGAUUGGCUGAUUUGCAGGCGAAG